GCGCGCUGUCCGGGGCGCAUGCGCCGGCCGCUUGGCCCUGGGGCUCGCGAGAGGCGGGGGCCCGAGGUUGUUGUGGAGCUGUGGGAAGCACGUGAAGCGCGCAACGUCAUCAUAAACACUAGUAGGGAAAAUGGCGGCUCCUGCGAGCAGUAAGGUUGUGUAUGAACAAGAAGGGGUUUUCAUUCAUUCCUCCUGUGCAAAAAAUGAUGACCAGGACAGUAUAAUAUCAGGAGUACUACGUGUCAUAGAAAAGGAAGCUGAAGUAAUAGUAGACUGGAGACCAUCGGAUGAUACUUUGGACUCUUCCAAUAUCCUCUGUGCUGGAAAGGAUUCCAGUUCAGUUGUAGAGUGGACACAAACCCCUAAAGAAAAAUCUCCGCGAGGGUUAGACCACCAGAAUAAUUAUGAAGCAGAAUGGGACAUGGUCAACACUGUCUCGUUUAAAAAGAAGCCACGUUCUAAUGGAGAUGCUACAACUCAUGCGAAUGGAGAAAGCAAGUGGUCAUUCCAGUUCAGUUUGACAGAUCUGAAGUCAAUCAAACAAAACAAAGAAGGCAUGGGAUGGUCUUAUUUGGUAUUCUGUCUAAAGGAUGAUGUCAUCCUCCCAGCUCUUCAUUUCCAUCAUGGUGAUAGCAAAUUAUUGAUUGUGUCCCUUGAAAAAUAUGUGGUGUUGUGUGAAUCUCCACAGGAUAAAAGAAUUCUUCUUGUCAAUUGUCAGAACAAGAGUCUUUCACAGUCUUUUGAAAAUCUCCUUGAUGAACCAACGUAUGGUCUAAUACAGGGAGAACUACUAGACAGAAGAAAGACAUUUUGGGCGGUUCACCAUUGGAAAAAAUUGAAGAAGGAUCCGUAUACAGCAACUAUGGGAGGAUUUUCCAAAGUGACAAACUAUAUUUUUGAUAGUUUGCGAGGAAGUGACCCUUCAACUCAACAGCGACCACCAUCUGAAAUGGCAGACUUCCUCAGUGAUGCUAUUCCAGGACUAAAGAUAAAUCAACAGGAAGAACCAGGAUUUGAAGUUAUUACACGGAUUGAUCUAGGUAAACGACCUGAUGUUAUCAGAAGAGAACCAGUGUCUGCUGAAGAAUGGACUAAGAACAUGGAUUCAGAAGGAAGAAUCUUAGAUGCUGACUUCAUAAAGCACAUGAUAUUCAAAGGGGGACUCUGCCAUGCUUUGAGAAAAGAAGUAUGGAAAUUCCUUUUGGGUUAUUUUCCUUGGCACAGUACUAGAGAGGAAAGAACUAAUUUGCAAAAAAGAAAAACAGAUGAAUAUUUCAGGAUGAAACUUCAGUGGAAAUCAGUCAGCGAUGAGCAAGAAAAACGAAAUUCAAGAUUAAGAGACUAUAAGAGUCUUAUAGAAAAAGAUGUAAACAGAACAGACAGAACAAACAAGUUCUAUGAAGGCCAAGAUAAUCCAGGAUUGAUCUUGCUUCAUGACAUUUUGAUGACCUAUUGUAUGUAUGACUUUGAUUUAGGGUAUGUUCAGGGAAUGAGUGACUUGCUUUCUCCUGUCUUGUAUGUCAUGGAAAAUGAAGUGGAUGCCUUUUGGUGCUUUGUAUCAUACAUGGAUCAAAUGCACGAGAACUUUGAGGAACAAAUGCAGGGUAUGAAGACACAGCUAAUUCAACUGAGUACUUUGCUUCGCUUGCUAGACAGUGGAUUUUGCAGUUACUUAGAAUCUCAAGACUCGGGAUACCUUUAUUUUUGCUUCCGAUGGCUUCUGAUCCGAUUUAAAAGAGAAUUUAGCUUUCAAGAUAUUCUUCGUUUAUGGGAGGUAAUGUGGACAGAGUUGCCUUGCCAGAAUUUUCAUCUUCUCAUCUGUUGUGCUAUCCUGGAAUCUGAAAAGCAGCAAAUAAUGGACAAGCAUUAUGGUUUUAAUGAAAUACUAAAGCAUAUCAAUGAACUGUCUAUGAAAAUUGAUGUGGAAGAUAUACUCUCUAAAGCGGAAGCAAUUUCUAUCCAGAUGAUGAAUUGCAAGGAAUUGCCUCAAGCAGUUUGUGAGGUCCUGGGGAUGGAGACCAGUGCUGUUACAACACCAGAUUCGGACACUGGAGAAGAUGAAAGUGUUACUGUGAUGAGUCGUUCUGCAUCAACAUAUCAAAAUAUCUCAAUGCCUGUAACUGCUGCCAACGGAACAAGAGAUAACACACAACACGUGGCUGUGACACAUAGUGCCCAAAGAUUGACACCUACAUAAUUACAUUUGGUUAAAUUCUUGAAGAGACACUUUACUGCAGCUCUUUUUUUCAAGCACUUGAGAGGUGGAUGUUUAAAAUUUGGUGUUUGAUUAAGCUUUAAGGUUUUGGAAAGAAAUUCUGUACUGUAAUGCUCUUGCAUUAAAGCUUUACAACAUGA